GUGACAGUGAAGAGGUGUGAUCAAACCAGACUCUCAUCAUAUAGGAAGUAAAGUGGUUUAUAAGGAGGACUGUUGUUCAGAGAGAGUUACUCGUCACCAAGACAGAAUGGAUCACACCUGGCCCUGUGUUCUACUCUUGUUGAAUACACUCAUCUACUGUGGUCACUCUCAAGAUCUGCUCAGGGCCUCAGUGAAGUUAAUCUCUCCCCAGGAGCCACUGUUCACAGGAGAAAAUGUCACUCUACAGUGUUACACAUCAAACCAGAAAUACUGGACUUUUGUCUGGUACAGAGACAACCAACUCCUUCCCAGUCAGACCAGUGAAACCAUCACCAUCUCUCUCCCAGACCAGGCUGGUCAGUACCAGUGUCAUGGAAAAAAGACAGGUCGACAGCAGUCAUCACGUAUUAGUCCUAAUCACUCCGUCAGAGUUACUGCUCUACCAACAGCCUCAGUGAGUGUCUCUCCUCAUGGUCUCCUCUAUUCUGGAGAGACUGUUACUCUGCAGUGUGACAUAUCAGACUACACAGACUGGACUUACUACUGGUUUCUAAACAACAUACAGAUUACCAGUCAGACCAGAGAAACCAUCACCAUCAUUCUCCCUUCCCAGGCUGGUCAGUACCAGUGUCAGGGGAAGAGGACAGGUCGACCCCAGUCAUCAUAUAUUAGUCCUAAUCACCCCAUCAGUGUUACUGCUCUUCCAACAGCCUCAGUGAGUGUCUCUCCUCAUGGUCUCCUCUAUUCUGGAGAGACUGUUACUCUGCAGUGUGACAUAUCAGACUACACAGACUGGACAUACUGGUGGUACAGAAAUAAACAACUACUGAGUCCUGGUUCACCUUCUAAAACCAUCACCACUCUGUCUGACCAGGUGAGUCAGUACCAGUGUCAGGGGAGAAGAACAGAUCGUCCCCAGUCGUCACAACGCAGUGUUUCCCUCCACAUCAGUGUCACUGGUAAUCGGCCAAAGGCUACAAUGAGUUCAGACAAAAAGGACAUAUUGAUAGGAGACAGAGUGGCACUGACCUGUACUGUAGAGUCUUCUGGAUGGAGGUUUUACUGGUACAGACACAGACAAGACUCUGAACCAGUGGCUACAACCUCUGGAUCCUCCUACACACUCAGCCAGGUCAGUGUCUCUGAUGGAGGACAGUACAGGUGUAGAGCUGGGAGAGGAGACCCUGUCUACUACACCCAGUACAGUGAAUCAGUCCACAUACAGGUUACUGUAAAUGGAUCCUCUACAUCAGUCCUAGUAGGAGUGGUUGUGGGUCCGGUUGUUGCUGCUGUUCUACUGACCAUCUUCCUGGUCCUGCUUUGUCGAUAUAAAAAGAGCAAAGGUUCCUCUUCUGACAGAAUAUUCUGGCCCGUCCAUCCCCAGAGCACCAACCAGGACCCCCAACAGGACCAAGGAUAUACCCAGGUUCAGUUACUUGAUGCUGGGUAUACAGGUCAGCUAUAUGAUUCUGCUGAUGUUUCUGCUGGGUCAUUAGAUGGGGUGUAUACUGAGAUUGAACUAUGUUCAAUGUCGGCAUAGAAGUUGGA